AUGAAAAACUAUUUACAAAAAUGUAAUGUUAUAAAUAAAAUAACAAAAAAACCGUUGGAUAUAUUCUUUAAAAAAUUCAUUUCAAAACCACAAAUAAAGCAUGCUAUCUUCUUUUCAACCAUAAAAAAUGAAAGUUUACAUGUAAAAAAAAAUAAUGAUACUUAUGAUAAUAAUAUAUUCAAAUGGGGAGAAGAGGAAAACAGUAAAAAUCUUAUAAAUGAUAAAAAUCAUAUGAAUGGUAAAAAUCAUAAAAAUCAUAUUAAGGAUAAAAAUGGGUCUUUAAUCAAUAAUAUCAAAAUAUAUAAACAAUCAGAAUUAGUUAGGAGAAUUAGAAAAUAUUGUAGAAAAGAUGAUUUAUGUAAUAUAUAUAGAUUUGCAGAUGAAUUCUUAGAUCUUUUAAAUAAACAAGAAAUAGCACACAAUGAUUUUAUUAUAAUAAUUCAUUUAUUAAGUAAAAAGCAAUUCCUUGAAAAAGAUUUUUGGAGAAAUAUAACAAAUUUAAAUAAUAUAAAUUUUAUUUUCCAUAUGAACAUAAAACAAAUCAUUCUUUUCAUUUAUAGUAUUGUAAAUUCAUUUAAAUAUAUUCAUCCACAAUUUUUAAAUAUUUUUACUAAUAAUCUUAACUCUGUUUUAGAGAAUCAAAAGAGGUUCUUGUUAAUAUAUAGGAAAAAGAAUAAAAUAGAAAUUCCAAAAAAAAAAAUUCAAGCAGAAAUACAAACAAACAAACAAAUGCAUAUAAUAGAAAACAAAGCAAAGGAACAUAUAAAUCUUAUAAAUAAUGAUUACAAUGAAUAUAAGAAAGAUCAACUGAAUAAUUUAUUAUGUAAUAAAAAUUUAAAUAAGCAAGAGAAUAAAUUCCCUAUUUAUAAUAAUAAUAUAAACCACCUGAAUCUUUUAGAUAUAACCUUAUUAUGUUAUUCAUAUUCUAAAUUAAAUGAUUUACAUAAUUUAGAACAUUUGAAUGAAUUAAAAAACAACAUAUAUAAACUUUUUGUUUAUUUCUUAUUUUUCUAUAAAAAUGAUUUUAAUCAUUUAAUAUUGUUUUUAUAUAGCUAUGUGAAAUUGAAUGGAUGUAUAAAAAAAAGUAUAUUAAUUAAAUUAAAAAAAAACAUAUUAUUAUUAACUAACAACGCAAACCUAAAGUUCAUGUUUCCAAGUUUGUAUGCUUUAAAUAUAUGUUCACUUAAUAUGUUAAUGAAUAUAUUACAUAAAAGCCAAUUUAAAGAUGAACAUUUUUUUGAAGAAAUUAUCUUAUCGGUAGUUAUCAAUUUAAAUGUAAGUCAACCGAAAAGGAAGAAAAUAAAAAGUAAUAUAUUAAAUGGAAAUUAUGAUAAUAGUGAUAACAUUAGUAUAGAUAAUUUAAUCAAUUCGUAUGGAUAUGAAAUACAGACAUUUAAUAAUACAGACAUGUAUAAUAUAGAAGAUUAUAAGGAGGGAAAAUAUAUAUAUAGUAAUAAUGAAAUAUAUAAUUACAACAAUAAUAAUAAUAAUAAUAAUAUUUACAAUAAUUAUAAUAAUAAUAUUUACAAUAAUAAUAAUAAUAAUAUUUACAAUAAUAAUAACAAUUUUUAUAAUAAUAAUAAUUAUUGUUCCUAUAAUUUUAUCACAUAUUUCAAAACAAUAUCAUCUCUUGUUAAACAUUUUGUAAAAAACAAAAACACCUAUUUUUAUCCCGAGCACAACCAACUAGUACAGCUAAAAAAAAAAGAUUUUUGUUUCCUACUAUAUAAUGUAAAUAAAUUAAAUGUAAAAAAUUAUUAUAAUAUAUAUGAUUAUUUAAAAAAAGAAGCAUAUAAACAAAUAAGCAUUUUAGAUAUUUAUAACUCUUGUAUUGUAUUAAAUUCACUUAUAAAUCUAAAUAUACUUGACGAUAAAAUAUUUAAUAAAUUGUUUACACAUUUAAAAAUUCUUUUUGAUAAAAAUAUUUACAAGGAAAAAGAUAUUAUAGAUAUAUUUGUAUCAUUAAUUACCUAUAGUAAAAUAAAUUAUAAUAUAUCGAAUGAAAUAAAUUUAUUCUUAAUACAUAUAUACAACAAAAUCGAAUAUAAAUUGAAAAAAUAUAAUUUCAAAAAUCUGUUAUUAAUCUUCUUCUAUUCUUCAUAUAUUAAUAUACAUUUUAAUAAUUCUAUAUUACAAGAUUUAUGUAUAGAUGUACUUAACAACUUUGAAAAAAUUGACAUAAAAUAUAUACUUAUCUUUUUGUAUCUUUUAAAAUAUAAAAAUUAUCAAAUGAAUAAUUUCUUUAUAGAUUCCUUAAUACAAAAAGUUUUAUAUAAAUUAAAAGGAGAAAAAAAAUAUUUAAACAUUCUAUAUACGUAUAUAUUUCAAAUUAUAACAGUUCAUUCUUUUCAAUCAUUAUACAAUGAAAAAAUCCAAAAUAUGUUAAUACAAAUGUUAAUUAAGAACAAACAAAAUUUUAAUUUAAAAGAAAAAAUUAUAAUUUCUUUACAUAUAUAUGUAAAUCCUAUAUUAAUUUUAAAUCAGUCAUGUCUAUCAUUUUGUGCAGAAACUUUUCAAAACUUAUUAGAUUAUGUGUAUAUAACAAAAACGAAAAAAUAUAAAAUAUAUAAUAAAAUGUGUACAAAAGAAAAAAAUAAAGACAAUAAAAUAUAUCAUCACUAUUUAAUAAAAACAAAUCAUUUCAAAAAAUAUAUAAAUGUAUUAACAAAUGAUACAAAAAAUAUAUAUAUAAAUGAUCAAAGGUUUUAUCAAUUUUUUCUUUUUUUUUUUAACAACAACAAUGUACAAAAUACACACUCAAAUUGUAACAUAGAUUUUAAUAUAGACCAUAUAAAUAUUAAAGAGUUACACUUUUUUUUUUUUUAUUUAUUAGUAAUAGAUAUUAUACACAGAAAAAAUAAUUUAAAACACACUAAAAAAACAUUCCAUAUGUUAUAUAGAAAUAUGAAAAAAUAUUCACUGUUAAAAGAAAAAAAAAAUAUAUAUAUAAAUAAUCAAUUCUAUUUAUAUUUAUGUAAAUAUUACCAAUUAAAUAUAUCUUUUCAAAAUAUAUAUAUUAAAUUAAAUAAUGAUUCUUUUAAAUAUUUUCUAAGAAACAAUAACAAAAAAUUAUUUUAUCACAACAAAACUUUAAUAACGUAUUUAGAUUUAAAUAAUAAAAUGAAAAAACAUAUACCAAAUUUAAAUCUUAAUAAUUAUUCAAACAAAACACACAAACAAUAUAAUAAGAAUAAUAAUAAUAAUAAUAAUAUCAUUUUAAAAAAAGAAAAAAUAAAUAUAUAUAAGGAAGACAUAAUAAAAUAUUUCCCACAUUUUGAAGAAACUCUUUUUAAUACCAUCAGCAUAUAUUAUGAAGACCUGUUUUUAUAUAUGCUUUCUCAAAAUAAAAUAAGCGAAGAAAAUAUUAAAAAAUUUUUUUAUCAAUCUUCUAUAUAUUACAAUAAACAUAACCAUUCGAGUUCAAUACAUGAUAAUGGUAAUAUAAUCAUAAAAAUGAAAAAGGACAUUUUUAUUAAUUUCUUUUAUAUACCAUAUGUUUUUAAACCGCUAAAACUAACCAUAUAA